CUAAAUUAUGGCUUUAAGGAAGCUAGAUUUCGAAAUUACUUCAUCCGCGAUGAGAAGUUCGACUUGCUUUUCUGUAGCUAAUUUUUUGGGUGUAAAUUUGUUGAUACUAUGUGGGACUAUUGCUGAUCUAGGAGUGCUUCCUUGAUCGGUGACAGCUGUUAGAUUUUGCUGAUGAAAAACUGGUCAUGAUGACCUUCUAAGUUCUAACUAUGUAAACCAUAUAUGUGCAGGGGUCCUUGUUUCAUUUCUAAGAGUCUUCACCAAAGCUGUGUAUUCACAGGAUCCAACUGGGAUCAGAAACAGUGCAAACCUCUAUUUCAUAGUUGGGAUUGCAGUCAUGGGCAUCUGCAUUGUCUUCUACAAUGUGGCACAUAGACUCCCAAUCAUGCAGUACUAUGCUGAUUUGAAGGUUCAGGCUGUAAACAUGGAAAGAGACAAGGGUUCUAUGACGGGAGCCCAAUGGAGAUCAAGCUUGUUGGGGACAGUGGGGAGUAUCAAGUGGCACGGGGUCGGGAUCGUCCUAAUCUAUGCCGUCACCCUGGCCAUCUUUCCAGGCUACAUAACAGAGGAUGUGAAAUCCGAGGCCAUGAAGGAUUGGUAUCCAAUCCUCCUCAUAUCCUGCUUCAACGUGUUUGACCUUGUUGGCAAGUCAAUGACUGCCCUCUACAUGCUUCAGAACUGGAAGGUUGCAGUUGCUGCUUGCUUUGCCAGGCUGCUCUUCUUCCCUCUCUUUCUGGGUUGCCUGCACGGCCCUGAAUUCUUCAGAACCGAGGUCCCUGUGUCGGUGCUGACUUGCCUCUUGGGACUUACCAACGGCUAUCUGACCAGUGUGCUGAUGAUUUUAGCUCCAAAGUCUGUUCCUUUUCACCAAUCUGAGACUGCGGGGAUUGUCUCUGUCUUGUUCCUCACUCUUGGUCUGGCUAUAGGUUCCAUAAUAGCCUGGUUUUGGGUCGUCUGAUGUAUAAUCAACGCCGGCUCCGAGGCCGCUUGAAGUGUAUGCUUUAAACCAGGGGCGCAAACUGAUGUAUGGAAAUGGUGGCAGCACUUUCCUUUGUAUUCAUUCUCUUGAUUGUGUAUAAAGCAAACUAGAUCCGUCCCCAAUGCGAAAGGAAAACUGGGGUGGGAUGCGCAUGAUGAAAAACUCUGAAAAGUUCCAAUUUUUAUGUAAAUUUGAUAACCUUGUGUAGCCUACUUGGACAUCAGAAGAAAGCAAUCGCUAGCCUUUGUUUUAUUACGUGUUCGCAUGAAAUUUAAGAGCGUCGCUGGUUUAAAAGCUGGCUCUGGUUUUGAAGCUUAUAUACGCUACUUGUUAGUUCUUAAGUAAGGACGUUUACCUUCUACGAACCUAGUUAUAGUUUUUACUAGGCUUAAUUGCAAGUUUGGUCACUCGAAUUGCUACAAAAUUUCACGUUUGGGCACUAAAAUUGGUUUAUUCCAUUAGUAGUCACUUAAAUUAGUUGAAUAGUCCAAGUUCGGUCACUCUCCGUUAACCUCCGUUAGACUUUGUUAAUGACGACCGUUAAGUGAUGACGUGGCUAACAGAAAAUCACAGUCAGCAUAUUUUAACCCUAAAAAAUCACUACCCGACCCGCCACGUAAGAUUUGCCCACCAUAUCACCUUUCCCUACCCAACCCGCAAAUCAACCCAAUAAUCGACCCAACCCCAAACCCAACCUCCCGAAUCUAAAAAGUAAAAUCGACUUCCUUCCUCCUCCUCCUCCUCCUCCUCAAACGCCCACCUCCUUCCCCGACCAUUCACCGAAGCCCCCAAAAUCGGCGGCCGCCACCCGGCCAUCGCCGGAGUCAAAACCUACCUCCGCCGCUACGGAUUCGCAGAUGGGUUUGUCGUUGUGCAGAAGGACAUGGAUUUUCUUGUGGACAGGGUUUGAUUUGAGGAGCAGCUCGCACUUGGAUCCGAACUGCUCCUGAAGGAGCUCGUACUCGACGGAUUUGACGUUGAGCGCGAUUCUAGGCCUCAUUACGUAAGGGCUCGCCUAGGCGCCGAUCAGUUUCACAUCUCCGCGUGCUGCUUCGGUAUCACCAGCCGGUUCAGCUUCCCGACGUCGCUCGGCGUCACCACUUUGUCGAACUUGUGCUCCUUCUCUUUCGGCAUCGCCGUCGAAGACGGUCCGGCUCCGCGGUGGAGAUCGGGAUCCGCAUCGCUCGAGCUCCCGAGGGACAGGUCCACGAAGUUGAGCAGCCGGUUGUUGAAAUUGAAGGCCGCAGAGGACGGGGCGGGGGCGGCGUGGUGGUGGUGGUGUUGAGGGAGGAAGUUUCGGUACUAGAUAGCGGAACGAGAUGCAGCAGCAGAAGAAGAUGAAUAUUGAGAUGAGGGAUCGUUGUAACUGGAAGGGAAAUGGAGAUUGGGGGUUGGAAUUGCGGAAGCAGCACCAUAGUCUUCUUCUUCAGAUUCAAGGGGGUCGGGUUUGGGGUUGGAUCGAUUAUUGGGUUGGUUUGCUGGUUGGGUAGGGAAGGGUGACAUGGCGGGCAAAUCUGACGUGGCGGGUCGGGUAGUCAUUUUUUAGGGUUAAAAUAUGCUGACUGUGAUUUUUUGUUAGCCACGUCAUCACUUAACGGUUGUCAUUAACGGAGUCUAACGGAGGUUAACGGAGAGUGACCGAACUUGAACUGUUCAACUAAUUUAAGUGACUACUAAUGGCAUAAACCAAUUUUAAUGACCAAACGUGAAAUUUUGUAGCAAUUGGAGUGACCAAACUUGCAAUUAAGCCGUUUUUACUACGAAAGUGAUUUUCUUUGUCUGAUAAUGGGUCGGGAAUCAACCUUCCAGCGACCC